AUGGUCGAUCUUGAUGCGAGACCAAAGCAGCCGUCCGGUGGAGAGAUUACUAUCGAUAUGACAUCUUUAAACAGCAAUGGCGAAACAGGUCAGAGUCAUUGGCAUAAGGAUUAUCGAGCAGUACUAAAGAACAGCCAAAGCUUCUGGAAGUUCACAUUAGUGACAUAUAACGAUAAGCUCUUGCUACUGCUGACAAGUACCGUGCUAAUAUCGCUGGUCAUUGCACUAUACCAAGAAUUGUCCAAAAAACACUCAGUCGGCGAUACGUCGAGAGGGUUGAUUCAGAGCGUGACAAUCCUCGUGGCCAUUUCUAUCGUAGUUCUCGUUGGGUCUCUCAACGACUGGCAGAAGGAUCAACAGUUUUCGAGGCUCAAUCGGAGGAUGGCCAGUGAAGUCCUGCACCUGGAGCCAGAAGAUGUGGUCCCCACUGACGGGACGACAGGCAAGGCAGGGCUCGUCUCAAAAGAGCCAGCAGAGAAAGCCUCUGCGGACAUCAAGGCAGGAAAGUUUACAACAGAACCAUCCUCAUUCGUUCGUGCGAGCAGUUGCGACACGGCGGAAGAGGGCACUCUUCUCUGCAGAAGGACGGGAGCCCUCAUCCCGCUUCAUGAGCAAGUCGAACUUACACCCCUCCAGUCGAAGCUGAAUCGAAUUGCCGAAAGGCUUGCUAUGUUCGGUGGCGUAGCUGGCCUGACUCUUCUCGUCAUCUUGCUUGUCAUUUUCUGCACCAAACUUCCACAAAACACGACCACAGCAUCUGCAAAAGCUCGAGAGGUCUUGGACAUGUUUAUUAUUGUCGUUGCAUUCAUCAUCGUUAUAGUCCCGGAAGGGCUGCCGUUGGCGCUCACGCUUGCUGUCGCAUCCGUUACCACGCGGAUUCAGAGAAGUAACAACCUUAUUCCUCACCGGAAGGCAUGCGAAGUUAUAGGAAAUGCCACGUCAAUUUGCGUCAACAUGACUGGUACGCUUACUCAAAACGGCAUCGUGGUAGCUGCCGCCGUCGGCACUCGGCGUCACUUACACUGCACCCAAAGCGCAAGUACUGAGAGGUUAGCCCAUGCGGAAUUUAUUGCAGGACUUGCCAAGGAUAGUCGAAAUUUAUUAUUCGAGGCUAUUUCGCUCAGCUCGACCGCGUUAGAGGGCGACAAAGAUGGGGUCUCUACCUUUAUCGGAUCAAAGACUGAAACGGCACUCCUCAAGUCCGCACGAAGUUUUCUCGCCAUGGAAUCCCUCAGCAAAGACCACACCAAUGUCGAGAUUCUGCAAACAUCUUUAGAGCCCAAUCGGGAUUGCAUUGGUGUGGUCGUCCAGCUCGAAAACGGGAACGCACGUCUGUACGCGCAGGGCGCGCCAGAGACUCUUCUCGCCAAAUGCAAAAUGUUCCUUAAGCGCCCGGACACAGAUAUCAGCAGCGACCCCCUCGCCAGCGACGGUAAGCCCAUCAUGGCACUGAUUGAGGAAUAUGCCUCACAACCUUUGACAUCCAUUGGCUUUGCUUACCGCGACUUUGCUGAGUGGCCUCUGCAAGGAGCCCGACACAGUAAGCAUAACAACAAGGGUGCUCUAUUCGAGGAUUUAUUUGACAACAUGUGCUUUAUUGGACUUGUUGGAAUUAAGCAUGCCUUGCGACCAGGCGUCCCCGAAGCUGUCAGAGAGUACCAACGAGCGGGCGUCUUCGUGCGCAUGGUGACUGGAGACAACACCCCGACGGCUCGCGCUAUUGCUAACGAGUGUGGUAUUCUUCGCGAUGAGGGCACCAUCAUGGAAGAACAAAAUCCCCGCCUGCAGGUCCUCGCAUGUUCGACACCCGACGACGAGGUGCUCCUGGUUCAGCGCCUCAAAGCCCUUGGUGAGAUUGUUGCCGUCAUCGGUGAUGGAACCAAUAAUGCGCCUGCGCUGAAACAGGCGGACGUUGCUCUCUCCAUUGGUAAUACCGACACGGACGUUGCGAAGGGCGCUUCAGCCAUUAUUGAGGUUGAAAGUUUUCCAAGCACUGUCAAGGCUUUGAGGUGGGGUCGAGCAAUCAAUGACGCGGUCAAGCGAUUCCUCCAGUUCCAACUCACCAUCACUAUCACUGUCGCCGUCCUCGUGUUUUUCACUGCUGUAGCUAGCGCUCACCAGGAGUCUUUAUUCACCGCCGUGCAACUGCUCUGGGUUAACCUGAUCAUGGACACGCUCGCCGCUCUUGCCCUGGUGACAGGCCCUCCCGAGAAUACUAUGCCUGAUUCUACAGCUAACAGCAGGGGAUCUGGAAUUAUUUCUUCAGCCAUGUGGAAGAUGAUAAUCGGCCAAGCUCUCUAUCAACUCGCUGUAACAUUCGGGCUCGAAUACAUGGCAACACGGCUUGUGGAAGCUGAAGAACAGAGAUAUAUGCGUGCUCUUGUGUUCAACACUUUCGUCUGGAUGCAAAUCUUUAAUUUGUGGAAGCACUGGUUCUUUAUUGUCAUCAGCCUUAUUUUAGGCGGUGCUCAGGUUCUUAUUAUCUCCUUCGGUGGCACUCCCUUUUCCAUUCCAACCAUAACCCCGAAGGGCCGGCCGCCUCAAAGUAGUCUACAGUGGGGCAUUGCUGUCGGCUUUGGUCUGGUCUCCAUCCCCGUGGGCAUCGUCAUACGUUGUUUCCCUGACAAACUCAUAUUAAAAUGUGUCCCACGAUUCCUAAAGGUCAGGCGUUAUACGGUCGAUCGUUCCCAGGAUUUUGACGACGAAAUUUCCAGUAGCUCCGCUGAAAACUCUGCUUCUGUGAAGAAUGAUCUAGGAUUCCUAAAAAAGUUCAAAGGCGGUCGUGUCGUCAACUUGAAGUUCGCCAACCAUGCAGAGGAUCUGCUAAGUUACGCCAUGCCCAGUCCAUCUUUCAGGGGCCGAAGUUCUGCAAGAGAACCUCCCUUGCCGGUGCUAACAGGGCCAAGUUCAGCAGCUGUAACCUCUAAUAGCUCGACGCGCAAUCUUUCAUGGUCACAAUCAGAAACGGAAGACGUAGUUGUGAGCGGAGUUGGAUGUGCUAGAGCUGUAGAAAUAACAUAUAUUCAGGACCCCAGAGCAUCGUCACAGCCGCAAUUGGUAACAGUUCCAAAGGAAAAUCCGGAUACAGAGCAGAUCGGCACUUUGGUAAAGAACGAUCCACACAAACUCCUACGCGGCUUUCGUUACCAGAUAGCAGUGCCACGCGUCAAUUAA